AUGUCCUAUGUCGCGGCCAUUGUGCGGCGGCUGGUAGAUGGAAGAGUGAAGACAGCAAUUGGUGGUGUCGGCUUCGAACCUUCGGGCUCGCUAAGCUUUUUAUUAUUAAUAUUACGACAGACAGCGGAGGAAAGAGAGGCGGAGCGACAGGCCGCUAACAGACUCAUGAUGUCCCUCCAGGCCGAGGCCCUCGGGAAGGGGCUGUACCCCUCAGAGCCCCCCUGGCCUCCCUCCCAAUACCAGACCAUAGCCAGUCCAAUCUGCUGA